AUGACUGUUUCUAUCACUCUGUACUUCAUAGAAUCCAACAACUUAUAUUCGGGAUCUCUUACUUUCGCAACUGACACCUCACCCAAGUGCGUUACGAUUGGCGAUGUCAAUAAUGAUGCGAAACCUGACAUAGUUACGGCAAAUUAUGAUGCAAACACAGUGAGCGUUCUCCUAAAUACAGAAAAUGGCACAUUUGCUUCUCAAACUAACUAUACAACUGGCACCAGUCCACACUCAGUUGCAAUAGGCGACGUCAACAACGACGCGACACCUGAUAUAGUUACGGCGAAUUAUCAUGCAAACACGGUGAGCGUCCUACUCAAUAUAGGCAAUGGCACAUUUCGUUCUCAAAAUACAUUUACAACUGCCAUUGGCCCAUACUCAGUUGCGCUUAGUGAUGUUAACAAUGAUACGAAACCUGAUAUAAUUACAGCAAAUUAUGAUUCAAACUCAGUGAGCGUUCUCCUCAAUAUGGGCAACGGAACAUUUCGUCCUCAAAGUACAUUUUCCGCUGGCUCAUAUGCAUACUCAAUUGCGAUCGCUGAUGUUAACAAUGAUGCGAAACCUGACGUAGUUACGGCGAACUAUGCUGGACAAUCGGUGAGCGUUCUCCUGAAUAUUGGCAACGGAACAUUCCGCCCUCAAAAUACAUUUCCAACUGGUAUGUAUCCAUACUCAGUUGCGCUUGGUGAUGUUAACAAUGACGGGAAACCUGACAUAAUUACAGCUAAUUCUGGUGCAGUCACAGUUAGCGUUCUUUUCAAUACAGGCAACGGGACAUUUUCUCCUCAAACCACCUUCCCAACUGGUAUGUCUCCAUACUCAGUUGCCAUCGGUGAUGUUAACAAUGAUACAAAACCUGAUAUAAUUACGGCCAGCUAUUAUAUAAGCACAGUUAGUGUUCUUCUCAACAUAGGCAAUGGCACAUUUGUUUUUCAAACUACCUAUGCAACUGGUGCACGUCCAUUUUCCGUUGCGAUUGGCGAUGUUAACAAUGAUACGAAACCUGAUAUAGUUACGGCUAAUUCUGGUGUAGCUACAGUUAGUGUUCUUCUCAAUAAAGGCAAUGGCACAUUCCGCUCUCAAAAUACCUAUGCAACUGACAGUGAUACACAAUCAGUUGCGAUUGGCGAUGUUAAUAAUGAUACGGAACCUGAUAUAGUCACGGCAAAUUCCCCUGCAAACACAGUUAGUGUUCUUCUCAAUACAGGCAGUGGCGCAUUUUCUCCUCAAACCACAUUUGCAACUGGCGCAUAUCCAUACUCAGUUGCGAUUGCUGAUGUUAACAACGAUGCCAAACUCGAUAUAAUUACAGCAAAUUCUGGUGCAAACACAGUUAGUGUUUUUAUCAAUACAGGCAAUGGCACAUUCAGUUCUCAAAAUACAUUUCCANGAACUUCAUGUUCACGUUGA